UUUUGUCAUGGAGUUGGUACUUAAAUCGGUCGAUGACAUUGACAUAUAAAGUAAUGAAAUGAUUAAAUGUCGAAAUAUGUCCUAAAUAAUUACCAUGAAAACUUAAUUUUAUUUUUGUAACAAUUGUGAUUACCCCGUGCAAUGCGUGUUGUGUAUGUUAUAAUUUAAACCGUGUAUUUUACAAAUAUUUUACAACAAUGAGCAAUUCAAGCAAAGAUUCCGUAUCCCAAAAACCAACCAACAAUGAAGCCGUUCAAGUGAUAGUCCGCUGCAGACCCAUGAGCGACCAAGAAACCCAAGCAGAUUGUUCCCCAGUUGUUAAUGUUUACUCAAACCGAGGCGUGAUCGAAGUGGAGAACCCCAAAGCUAGAUCCGAAAACGAACGAAAGAAAAUUUUCACAUAUGACGCAGUCUACGACUGGAAUGCGUCACAGCAGUGCAUUUAUGAUGAAAUGGUCCGGCCUUUGGUUUCAUCGGUCCUUGAUGGCUAUAAUGGGUGUGUUUUCGCGUAUGGACAAACUGGAACUGGGAAAACUUACACAAUGGAGGGGAUUGAGAAGGACGAGGAGCAUUUUGGCGUUAUUCCAAGGGCUUUUGAUCAAAUCUGGUACCAUAUUAACAGGACUACUGGUUUAGAAUUUUUAGUGACGGUGCGCUACUUGGAAAUUUACAUGGAAGACAUCAGAGACCUCUUGAAAAUAAAGAAUUCGAAGUCCCUCGAGCUGCGCGAAAUCACCGGGAAAGGCGUCUGCGUGACCCACCUCCACUCCCAGACCUGUCAAAGUGCCGACGACAUGAUGCGCGCCAUGCGCCAAGGCAACAAAAACCGCACCAGUGGCGCCACUAACAUGAACGAACACAGCUCAAGAUCGCACGCCAUCUUUCAAAUCGUCAUAGAAAUGGCCGAGCAUCAGUCGAAGUCGGUCAAAGUCGGAAAAUUGAACUUGGUGGAUCUUGCUGGUAGUGAGAGGCAGUCGAAGACGGGGGCCACUGGGGAGAGGUUCAAGGAAGCGACUAAGAUCAACAAGGCGCUUUCGAGUUUAGGGAAUGUCAUUUACGCUCUGGCGGAGAAUUCAGCGCACAUACCUUAUAGGGACUCCAAGUUGACGAGGUUGCUCCAGGACUCGCUGGGGGGUAACAGUAAGACCAUCAUGAUAGCGAACGUCGGGCCCGCGAAUGUUAACUACGAAGAGACGAUAAUUACGUUGCGGUACGCUUAUAGGGCGAAGAGUAUUAAGAACCAGCCAAUCAAGAACGAGGAUAUUAAAGAUGCGAAGUUGUUGGCGCUGCAGGAGGAGAUACAGAGGUUGAAGCAGUUGAUAGAGCAGAAGACGAACGGGGAGGAGUGCGUGUCUGAAGUGGUGUUAGAGGAGAGCGAAACGUCGGAUGAGGACGAAGACGACAGCAAGAAAGACGAAAGUAAGAAGAAACUAGAAUUGGGGAAGAUGGAGGUGGAUGAGUUGGCGCAGAAGUUGGAGAUUUUGGAGAAACAGAUGGUGCACGGGGGGAAGAAUAUUGUGGAUAGUGUGAACGAGAACGAGAUUAGGUUGGAGCAGCAGCGGCUGGAAAUUGCAGCGAGAAAGAAACGGGAAAUUGAAAUGCAACAGAAGAUUGAAUUAGAGGAAGAAACUUGCACCGAAUUGAAACAAGUCUUCGCCAGUCUACAGCAACAAGUAGAUUUCAAAAAAGACAAGUUGAAGAGGUUGUACGCUAAACUCCAAUCAAUAAGACAAGAGAUUAAAGAUAACCAUAAGAUAUACAUGAAUGAUAGGAAAGAAAUAGAGGAAGCAAAUGACGAUGCGUCAAUGCAACUAAGGAAACAUUUUCUGGUCAUAGAUAAUUUUGUGCCUCCGGAAGAAAGAUCAAGAUUGAUAAAUUUGUCGCAGUUUGACGAAGAUAAAGACAAUUGGGUGUUGAAGAAAGAACGAAUUAAUGCCAUUACGACGGAGAGGCCUUUAGGACAUUGUUAUAGGCGGCCUAUUUCGGAGUAUGCGAUAACCUCAGGGCAAGCGAUUCCUAAAUAUAGGGGUGAAAACGUAUUGGACUUGAAGUUAGACAUGCCGCUGCGAAUAACCCAAGACUACGUCUGUCCAAUCAUCUGUCCACAAAUCAAAGCUACUGUCACUAACAUGAUUCUCCACGACGCAGAGAACAACUGUAUAGUGGUGAAAGCGCUACCGCACACUGUGGGGGCUAGGAAUGCCUCGAAAUUAGAACACGAGGGGAAAUAUAAACAAGCCACAAAAUUUGUUAUAGACAUGCAGAAUUACAGGACUAAAAUCAACAAUAAAACAACCGAUCCAGUCCAUUGAUCAAGACUAGUCGUUUCAAUUUGAAGCUUUUAGGUAUUAGGAUUAAACUAGCUGACUUCCUUAGUUAGACGAUGUCGAUGCCUUCGUGGAUUUUUCCAGUUGAGAAUUUUAUUUUCGUACUAGUCGUAUAAGAAAAAAGUCACAUUCAGACACGUUUUUAACGUAAUUAGUUAUAUACAGGCAGGUGUUCAAGGCUGGUCGUUAUUGGAAUCGCACGUGAUGUGUGUUUCUAACCUCAGUUUUGCUUUUUGAUCUAUGGUAACGGUAACAUAUGACCGGCUUUGUUCACUGCAACGUUACUUAAAUUUAAACCGGGCUUGGUAGAACCGAGUGUUCUGUUAAAGCCCACACCCAGUAUAGUCCCAUAUUAUGGUUGCUGUUGUUUUUUUUACAAAGUUUUGUUGUUUGUUUUAUCAGUAUUAUUUCUGUGAUUUGUGAUAUUUAUAUUAAAAUAAACUAAUUGGCUUACUAA